CUGGGAAAAGCCCAAGAUGUCUGCCUCCAUCCUGGUCAAGGUGUGAGGCCGGCAGUGACAGUUCUCGUCGUUAUCUCCCUGAGGAACACGUCUGGCCCUCACGUUUGCAAUCGUACCGUGUGCCGUUGUAGGAUAGACGAGGGCAAUGGCAGGGAGCCUCUCCUGGGGGGCAGGUAGGCUCCUGUGGGGCUGGGUGCCCCUGGCCUGCAGAAGCUUCUCUCUGGGCGUUCCUGGAUUGUCCCGUGUAAGGCUUACCCUCCCACCCCCUAAAGUGGUUGAUCGUUGGAACGAGAAGAGAGCCAUGUUCGGGGUGUAUGACAACAUUGGGAUCCUGGGUAACUUUGAAAAGCACCCCAAAGAACUGAUCAAGGGUCCCAAAUGGCUUCGAGGUUGGAAGGGGAAUGAAUUACAGCGUUGUAUCAGAAAGAAGAAAAUGGUUGGGAAUCGAAUGUUCCUUGAUGACUUGCACAACCUUAACAAACGUAUCAGCUAUCUUUACAAACACUUUAAUCGACAUGGAAAGUACCGGUAGAAGAGAAGAUUGAGAAUUGUGGAAGUGGUACAUCUAUCACCCUGAAUAAGGGGAACAGUACAUCUCCUUAUGAGGAAAGGGCUUUCUAUGUUUUCUGUAAUAAAAUGGGUUUUUUUGGAAUCUGCUGUCCACACACUUUAAUUUCUUUUAGAUGUUCCUUCUAUUUAUUCGUGUAAAAUAUGAAAUCUGAUGUAUCCCUGAGUCUUUUGGUCGUAGGCUUAGACUUCAUUACUUGCCCUUUGCAGUCUAGCCAUACGUAUAGCCUUUAAAAAAGAAACGUUUUCACCCUGCUAACUGAGAACUGAAGCCACUCCUGAAGUCCAUCUUUCACUCAAAGAUUAGAAGGCUUAUGAAGCAAACAAUAACACACGUGAAGAACGUGCUUCUUAGUUCAGUCAAGUAUAUGAGACCAAAUGGGCAACAUCUGCUCAAAAGCAA